AACACAUGUCAACGUUUAAUCUUGUUGAAACUGAGAACGAAUUUAGGCUAAAAGAAGAAAUCAAAAAGAAAGAAAAAGAACUAGCACUUUUGCGAACAAAAAAUAUGCUUAAAGACAAGGCCAUAGGAAGUGUUGAAAUCGGACGCGCCAUUCUUUCCUCGCUUUACCCCCCAAAUUCCGGUUCACAUAUUUCAUGCCUCACUAAGCUUGUAAAUGAGCGUGAUUCUCUGGUAUCGGAAUUCCUAACUUCUCAUCAGGAAUUACUCAAAGCGCGAACUGAACUGGCGAAAUUACAACAAUCUGUCAUUAUGUGUCAUAAUGAUAAUCGGGAGUUGAUGAGAAGAAUUAAGAAUGUUCGAUCACAGUCGAGCGUGUCAACCUCUGCAGAUCUUAACCGUUUGCAAAGAGACCUAUCGGAAGCCGAAGCAAAACUUGAGGUGACUAAAAACGUCCUGCAGGGUUUGAUACUCGAAAGCGGAGUCAAUUGGGUUGCAGACGAGCAUUUAUUGAAACUCAUGUUAAAUAUUGGGAAGGAAAUUUGA